AUGUAGUCAUUUAAAAAGAAAAGAGACUAACUAGCACAACAAAAAAUGGAGAAAACAGCUUUGAUAUUCGUUGGUAUUCCACUUCUUUCAACGUGUACACCGAUUCUGGCACGUACUUGUGCGAAGAACUCCGAUUGUGCUUCAGUCACAUGUCCAUCCUCAAAACCCGUUUGUUUUAAUGGUACUUGUGAAUGCCCUCCUGACAAGUAUAGGGCAUUACCUGAUAAUACCAACUGUGGCGUGGCUGCUUGCUUUGACUAUUGCAAGGCAAAAGGAGAAGUAGCUUAUGCUUGUAUUUUAAACUUUUGUUAUUGUCGCAAACCUCCUAUGUAGAGUUUACAAAGAGAUUACAUUCUACUAAUAUAAAACAAGUUCCU